GCAGUUACAAAAUGUCACUGAAUUACUCUUUGGUCUUGUCUUAAAAGUUUCCAAUCAAACUGAAUUUAAGUGUUUAGAUACUUUAUAAAAAAAUACAUCCUUAGUGUAUAAAGUUAUAAGGAUAACGAUUAAAUUACCGGAAACAAAAUGGUAAAGGCCUGGUAUAUGGAUAAUGAAAACACAGACCAACGUUUAGAGCACCACAGAAACCCCCCAGAAUUUAUUUCCUUAGAAGAUUUAUACAAAAAAACUGGCAUCGAAUAUUUUAAGUUAAAUGUGGACACAUUUAAAACGGAUGGAGUAUUAGACAAAAUAAAGAAGGAAAGGGGCUACAGCUAUGAGGAUCAAAUAACUGUCUCCAAAGAGUGCCUACCUAACUAUGAGGAAAAACUAAAAGCAUUUUAUAAAGAGCAUUUGCAUACUGAUGAAGAGAUCAGGUUUGCUGUGGAAGGUUCUGGUUACUUUGACAUUCGAGAUGAUAGUGACCAAUGGAUUCGCAUUCUGGUGACUCCCGGAGACAUGAUCAUCAUUCCCAGCGGCAGCUAUCACCGCUUUACAGUUGACACUAAUAAUUAUCUAAAAGCAUACCGUUACUUUGUGGGAGAGCCGGUAUGGAUGCCGUACAAUCGGCCAGCAGACGACAUGGACUGCCGCAAAGAAUAUGUUGACAAACUUAAAAAAGGGUUCAGUGUUGCCGCUUGAAAAAAAUCGGAAAAUUGUAAUAUCACCUUUAU